CCCAAGGUUCCUUUUAGCAGUACAGGGGAGUGAGAGGGACUCCCACCGGUUUCCCCCGGAAGCUGUGCUCAGUUGGUGGUGGAGUCCUCGUAGGAUCUGCCCUCUUCCUAGAAACACCCGCUUUAGUUCUGGAAGUAAAUUAUAGAUAAAAGAUAUCUUUGGCCCUUAUUGGUCAUGAAGGCCAAUUUCCCACAUUUUACGGACGGGGAAACAGACUGGGGCAAUGCCGGAGUGUGAAGGAAUUUGAAAAGCUGAAUCGAAUUGGGGAAGGCACCUAUGGUAUUGUAUAUCGUGCCCGAGACACCCAGACGGAUGAAAUUGUGGCCUUGAAGAAGGUUCGGAUGGACAAGGAGAAGGAUGGGAUCCCCAUUAGUAGCCUCCGGGAAAUCACACUGCUCCUUCGGCUUCGUCACCCCAACAUUGUGGAGCUGAAGGAGGUCGUUGUGGGAAACCAUCUGGAGAGCAUCUUCCUGGUGAUGGGUUACUGUGAGCAGGACCUUGCCAGCCUCCUGGAGAACAUGCAGACGCCCUUCUCAGAGGCUCAGGUAAAGUGCAUCAUUUUGCAAGUCCUCAAAGGCCUUCAGUACCUUCACAAAAACUUCAUCAUUCACAGGGAUUUAAAGGUUUCCAAUUUGCUCAUGACAGAUAAGGGCUGUGUUAAGACAGCCGACUUUGGCCUGGCUCGAGCUUAUGGUGUCCCUGUGAAGCCAAUGACCCCCAAAGUGGUCACCCUCUGGUACCGGGCCCCUGAACUCCUGCUGGGGACAGCCACGCAGACGACUAGCAUUGACAUGUGGGCCGUGGGCUGUAUCCUGGCUGAGUUGUUGGCUCAUAAGCCCCUCCUCCCGGGCAGUUCUGAGAUCCACCAGAUUGACCUGAUCGUGCAGCUGCUCGGGACCCCCAAUGAGAACAUCUGGCCGGGCUUCUCCAAGCUGCCUCUGGUCAGCCAGUAUAGCCUGAGGAAGCAGCCCUACAACAACCUCAAACACAAGUUCCCCUGGCUCUCUGAGGCCGGCCUGCGCCUGCUCAACUUCCUCUUUAUGUAUGACCCAAAGAAGAGGGCCACGGCUGGCGAUUGCUUGGAAAGCUCCUACUUCAAAGAGAAGCCCUUGCCUUGUGAGCCUGAGCUCAUGCCCACCUUCCCUCAUCACCGGAACAAGAGGGCUGCCACAAGCACCACCGCCAACCCGGGGGCUGAGGGCCAGAGCCAGAGCAAGCGCAGCAAGCCCUGAGGCGGCACAUCAUCGAGGCUGAGGCGUGGAGUUUGGUGAAGAUUCCUUGUAAGUAGUCUGGCGAGAGGCGGCCGGACACGGGCCGCAGCCCGCCCAGAACAGAAGCUCCCAGGACUCGCCCGAGGACGUCUCGGCAGACACUCCGGACCUCUCUGGCCUGCCAGUGCUCCACUGUGGAGGAAUGAGGCUGGCACAGGGAGAGAAUUUGGUUUUCUCCCCCUGGAAGACGGACACGAGGCUUGGGGAGGGAGGGAAGGAGCCGGCGGUUUGCAGAGCUCUCGGUUCCAGUCACGGGCUGCGUCUUACCUGCUUCCUUCUUCCCAGGCCAUGAGGUCUAGCAGGGUGCUGAGCGGGGCAGGAAAACCUCCCCGCAGGGUUCGGCUGCCCGACGGCUCAGAGCGAAGCCCCAGGGACACCGAGCUCGCUCCAGGGAGGGCCGGGACCUCGGGUCUUGCCGUUGAAUGAAGAGUUUACCAGAACGGGGAUCCGCUGUCUCGAGGACCCAGUGCAGAGGAAUCUGGGGCCUGAUGGCCCCGAGGAGCCGAAUCACGCUCCCUGCAGGAGGGAGGAGGCCACACGGGGUUGGUUCAGACGCACGUUGUGAAAGAUGUUUUCAAUGAAUCUUUGAUGGACACUCA